AUGUCCGAGAAGACAGAACGCAAACUAGAAGAUAUCGUGGAAGCCGAUGUGCAACUCAACAACCGGCAAACCCAACUUCUGGCCAUCGGCGGAUCGAUUGGCACCGCACUUUUCGUCAGUAUCGGAAACGGACUUGCAGCCGGUGGCCCUGGCAGUCUGCUAAUCGCCUACACGUUUUACGCCCUCGUAAUCGCCUGUAUCAACAAUUGUAUAGCCGAAAUGACGGUCCUCCAGCCAGUUUCUGGGGGGUUCAUUCGCCUCGCCGGCAAAUGGGUCGAUGACGCCCUGGGAUUCAUGGUUGGGUGGAAUUUCUUCUUCUACGAGGCUCUUAUGAUUCCCUUUGAAAUCACGGCCAUCAACCUUGUCUUGAACUAUUGGCGGGAUGACAUCCCUGUUGCAGCCGUUUGUGCGGCUUGUAUUGCUCUCUAUACUGCCAUCAACUUCCUCGCUGUUCGAGCGUACGGCGAGGCCGAAUUCUGGCUUUCCACUGGGAAGAUCAUCCUGAUUUUCACCCUCAUCUUCUUCACCUUCGUCACCAUGGUCGGAGGCAAUCCCAGACAUGAUGCCUACGGAUUCCGCUACUGGAGUCAGCCCAGUGCCUUUGCCGAGUACAGACACACGGGCGCCGCCGGCCGUUUCGAAGGCUUCCUCGCUGCUCUCUGGUCGGCCGCAUUCACGAUCGUCGGCCCGGAGUACAUCUCCAUGUCCGCCGCCGAAGCCCAACGCCCGCGCAUCGUCGUCAAAGCAGCCUUCAAGACCAUCUACUGGCGCUUCAUCCUCUUCUUCAUCCUAGGGGCCACCUGCGUGGGCACCGUGAUCCCCUGGAACGACCCAACGCUGCAGUCGAUCCUGAACGGCAAGAGCAGCGCCGCCGGAGCGGCCGCCUCGCCCUAUGUGAUCGCCAUGGCCAACCUGGGAGUCGAGGGGCUACCACACCUCGUCAACGCACUGCUCAUCACCUCGAUCUUCUCCGCCGGCAACACGCUAACCUACUGUGCCACUCGCUCGCUGUACGGGCUCGCGCUCGAGGGCCGAGCGCCCAAAGUCCUCACCAAGACCCGCCGCGGCGUGCCCGUCUACGCCUUCGCCGUCGUCAUCUGCUUCCCCUUCCUCUCCUUCCUGCAGCUAUCGAACAACUCCUCCCGCGUUCUGUCGCUGCUCGUCUCGCUUAUCACCGCCGGCGCCCUCAUCGACUUCCUGGUGAUGUGCAUCACCUACCUGAACUUCUACUACGCGUGUAAAGCCCAGGGCCUCGACCGCCGCACCCUGCCAUACGUUGGAUAUUUCCAGCCUUACUGCGCGUGGAUCGGCGCCGUCACCAUGACGCUUGUGCUCCUGUUCUACGGGUACACGGCGUUUGCGCCUUGGAGCGUGCAGAAGUUCUUCGAGAACUAUACCAUGCAGCUUGUCGCGCCGAUUCUGUACUUCGGGUGGAAACUUUUCAAGCGUACGAGGAUCUUGAGACCGAAGGAGCUAGAUCUUGUCUGGGAGGCGCCGGUGGUGGACGCCUACGAGGCGGGGUUCACCGAGCCCAUGCCGGGGUUCUGGGAGGAGAUGCUACAGUUGGUUGGGCAUCGGCGGAAGAGGGCAAGGAGUGAAGGAGAGGAGUGAGGUCCGAUGCAUGAAUGCGGUAAUCGAGUAGUUCUUAGGGAAG